AUGGAGAAGAAGGAGGUCGAGAGCAUCCCCGAAAGAAGUCAGACACCGCCACCGGAAUACGAGCAAUACGCUGGUCCAUCCACUUCGCAGCCGAACAACAGUCAGAGCAGCACAGGGGACGUGGGUUUUAGGAGUGCUCUAGGAAAUUCCGUGAAAGACAACUUUGUAUCUCGUCUGCGAACACCUCAAGAAGCUGGUUUGAUCGGUAGUGCGCUCAGUUUGACUAGCGCUACCGUGGGCACCACUCUCGGACUUACAACAGCCGCCAUCGGUGGUGUACUCUCUUUACCGGCCGUUGCCGUAGGCGCUGGCGUCAAACAUCAUAAAAAUAAGCAGAAACAGAAGCAGAGAGAGAGCUCUUCUCCUUCCUCUUCCUCCUCUUCUUUAGACAACAGCAACCGAGAUGGCAGCGAAGAGGAUCUCAAAAGGAAGCAAGCUAGAGAACUCAAGGAGUUCAAAGAGAGCCAGAAAAGGGAGAAGGAAGAAUGGAAACGCAAAGGUAAAGGUAAAGAUAGUAUUAGUUAG